GCAGGGAAGACCCUUAGGGAGGGGAGGAAUGAAGCAAUCAGGCAGGUUCAAUCACCAGUGGCCAGAUAUCACCUGAUUCAGUCCACAAGAUGAAAUGACUAGACAAUAAAAUGCACAUUGGAAUUGUAGUUGUCAUCAAUCUUCUAGUCUGUGUCAUAUCAAUCUUUCUUUACUCAAAAUAUUCUCCUAAGGAUUUUGAAUCAAUACAAAGUAUAGAUACAAAAUAUUGUGAUGAAAAUGAGACACUUUAUACCACACACUGGUGCUUUGAUCAGCAGUCAAGGAUUUGUCAUUUUCAGUCACUGUGUUACUACCCUGUGGAGGAUCAGUUUGUGUAUAUAACUAAUUCCUCCAGUCUGAUGGAAAUAAAGUCAACAUUACCCUCUCUGUCACUUUCAUCUGUCUCAGAAUUAGACAUGUUUUCUUUCGUGCCAACAUAUAUUAAUCAGAACUUUUCCAAACUCAAAAUUCGCUGGCUGGAUGGCUUUACUAUGUUAUUCAAAAGAUUUAAACCUGACAAUAUAAUGCAUGUGAUUCAUGAUGAUGUUUUGCCAUUGUAUCAUACACUUCAGUUCUUAGGUCAAGGAAACUUGAAAGUUUUGUUUAUGGAUGAUUUUAGUCCAGGACUAUAUGAACUGCUUUACAAGCUUUUAUCUGAUGUUAGAUAUAAACCUAUGGCAAGUGAGCAAGAACUUAUUUGUUUUGAAAAUGCUUUCAUUGGAGUGUCCUCUUUGUCAAAAUGGUAUCAGUAUGGCUACAAUGGAAAUGUGCAGGGCCCUGUGGUCAAUGAUAGACUCACUUCUUUCUAUUUACGCAGUGCAGGUUCUUUCAUUAUCAAAAAAUUAAACUUUAUGCCUGAUAAUCAAUAUAUAGGAGAUUAUCUUGUGCUGAUUUCUAGAACGGAGACUCGUAAAUUAUUAAACGAGGAAGAAUUAAUAACCAAUUUGAAGAUAAAUACCAAGAUGAAAAUACUGACAAUCAGUGAUGAUGACAUCAGUGAGGUAAUACAUAUAGUGCAGACAUCAAGAGGGAUUAUUGGAAUGCAUGGAGCUUUAUUAAUUUUAGGAUUGUUUCUAAGACCAGGAUCAAUUCUAAUAGAACUAUUCCCUUAUGCUGUCAAUCCAGAUAAUUAUACACCUUAUCGCACAUUGGCAAGCAUUCCUGGAAUGUCAAUAAUUUACCACACAUGGAGAAAUAUGGAUAAAUCAAAAUCUUUCUCCCAUCCAGAUUAUCCUCCUGAGGAAGGGGGGAUCAGACAUUUAUCUGAGGAGGUACAGAGGGAGAUUAUGGAUCAGGAGGAGGUUCCAGUGCAUGGCUGCUGUAGUGAUCCCUCUUGGUUAUUUCACAUCAAUCAGGACACAGCUGUAAACGUAGAAGAAGUAGUAAGAAUAACUCAGAAAGCUUUAUCUGAGAGUCAGCAACAGUUGUCUCCUCCAAAUGAAAAUGAACCUUCAGUUGUCAGACAUCUAUCCUGUUCUUGUAUUAACGAUAAACUUGUCUUACAUUGGGAACAUCCUUGGAACCUUGACUAUAUAAAUGGAGCUAAUGUGCAAUAUAUGAUAGGUGUUCAAAGUAGGAAGUUAAAUUCUUACAGUGUUUUUAUUGUGAAUGUCAAUAUUUAUAGUAUUGAGGAUGGGAUAGAUUGUAGUGAUGAAUAUGAUGUCUGGGUAAAUGCAGAGAUAAAUGAUGUUAAAGGAGAGGUUAAAUAUGUGAAAUGUUAAUAAAGUUAAUCAUUGAAUGUCA